UCCGUGCGGUACAACCACUCGAUUCUUGGCUGAUCCCCCAUUGUGGGCAGGUGCCACGUUUUCAAGGCUCAUCGUCAUCAUUACUCGUGCGGCCGCGCGUAGUGCCACAUUCGAGCCACGGAGAAGAUGAGGAGUGCAACGGUCGCCUUGCCACCUCCGAGCAGGCCGUCGACGCUCGCGGGCGACCCGCCGAACGUACCGGAGGCCUCCGGGAGUGGCAGCGCCAGCAGGCAGCAGGAGCCCGCGGUGCCGUUCGGCGAGGGCCGCUACCAGCUCUUGGCGCUGUGCAACGCCGUGCUCGCGGGCGCAGCCUUCCUCAUCCACCUGUUCAGCGUGCGGCUCACGGCGCACGUCAUGGACCACUGGUGUCGACCCACGGAGGCGUUCGCCAACAUGACCGCGGAAAGCUGGAAGGAAAUGGCCAUUCCUGUCCUGGAAAACGGCACCCGCAGUCACUGUACCAGGCGCGAGCCUCCUGACGGCGGCCUGUCUGCCGCCACGGUGCCCUGCGAAGCGUGGGAGUUCGAUAUGAGCGAAUACGGAGACAACAUCGUGAGCGAGUGGCAGCUCGUGUGUCAGCGACAAUGGCUGUUGGAGCUGUCGCUCUACACCAACUUCGUGGCGUCGGUGGUGUGGGUGCCCAUGAUGGGGGUGGCGGCGGACCGCGUGGGCCGUCGCAUCGUCGUCUACGUCUCCAUUCCGGCGCUGCUGAUCACGGGGUUCACGAGCAGCCUCACUGGAUCGUUCCAGUUCCUCGUGGCGUUGCGUACGGUGGCGUCGGCGACCAUCGUCUCCGUGGCGACUGUCACAUUCUCCGUGCUUCACGAGGUGGUGCCGGCCAAUCGCCGCACGGUGUACUGCUUCGCCGCCCUGGCCCUCGGACAGGUGAUGGCCGCUAUACCGUUCACCAUCUUCGCCGCUCUCAAGCUGAGCUGGAAGAUCGUCUACUUGGUGGUCAUGAUUCCCACGUCGCUGCUGGUUAUCACUUUGUACACCAUGGACGAGUCAUACCUGUGGCUGCUGGCCAAUUGGCGGACCAAGGAGGCCGAGCGACUGGCCAUGCGCGCUGCGCGCAUCAACGGUGUCCCACCGGAGACCUGCCACACCGCCAUGACCCAAGGAAACCGGAACGGAGACGCAGAGAUCGCUGCCGGCCGGCGACCAGACUCCAUAUUUUCGGCCAAGUUGCGGCACCACACGCUCUUGAUAUCCAGCAUCUGGGCGGCCGUCAACUUCGCCUACAGCCAGGCCAACCUGACUGACAUCUUCCCCGUGCGUCCUGGGGCCGCGUUCGUGGGAGUCCUCUUACUGGGGCCUGUGCACGCCGUGCUCUGUCCGGCUAUUCGCUUCGCCGGCCUUCGGCGAGUCAUUGUCGGCUCGGCGCUCAUUUUCAGCCUGAUUGCACUGUGCCUGGCCACCACGUACCGCAUACAGACGCCGCUGAGCGGAAGCAUCGUAGUCGUCGGGCUGCGGCUUAUGGGAAAUUUGAACGCGUCCCUCGCUUUCUUCCUCGCCGUCGACUCGUAUCCGACAACGGCCCGAUGUACCGGCUUGGCCUUUGCAAUAUCCGUGGGCCGUCUGGCCGGUAGCUGCGGCGAGAUUAUGUUUCACUUCGCACCCGGACAACGCAAGGACUACCCUAUCGCUGCCAUGACCAUCAUGAUGGCCACGGUUGCUGUUGCCGCUGAGCACUUGCCCGAAGUCGUCUUUAGCGCACCAUCCUCGGUGAAUCCUGCGGCGCCGUCUCAGAAGUCCAGCGUCACCGUCAGUCUUGUGCGCACCAUGCAGGACACGCUGGACCCCAUGGCAAGGAGACCUGUCGGAAGAGCCCGCGGGAGGAGGGCUCUCAGGAGCCUAAAGAGGGACUCGGAUGGUGAGCAGCCGGGACAAACCGAGCAGCCUCGCUUGCAUAUUCCGUUUUUCCUCAAGGGCACGGCGGGCCAGUCGUCCAGACGAUCCUCGGCAGGUCCCAGCACCUCCGCAACGCUAGCACAUUCGCUUCGGAUAAGCGCUUGUUCUGGAGACAUUAAACAAGGCACUUCGUGA